AUGAUGAUGCCUGACAGUGCAUCCAUAGCGACCACGAACCCCGCCCGCUCCGUCUUCCCCCAGGGUCCCAGUUUCUCCCUGGAGGAUUUCUCCAGCCGUGAUUUCAUCGUCAAGGAAUUCAUCGAAGCCCUCUCCGACACGGCCAUUUCUCAUCGUCGUUCGGCCGCGGGAACCGCAGCCGGCGCAAAUCAACCCUUUGAUCCGAAACCUCUCAUCCGCACCUUUGAAAAUGCGCAGCGGCGUCUCGGGGAACUCUCGGGGGAUCUGGAGAUUCGAGAGAACGAGUUGUCGGCGGCGGUGCGACGUGCGGAGGCUCAGCAUUCUCAGAACUUGACGACGCUGGGUCGAAAAUUGCGACAAACGAUCGAGUCGUUCCAACAGCUGGACACCUCAUUGAAUGGCAAUGGAAUGGACAACAGUGAAGGUAGAGGGACAGCUGGAGGCACGGGCAACAUGGCUGUGGAAACGGGUCGGCGAUUAGAAGAGUUGGACCGACAGCGCCGCCGGGCGCUGGAUGCACAUUUCUUGCUCGAGUGCUGGGAUGGCGUAUCCAAUCGAGGCGAGAUUUCUUUGCUGGAGAACCUCCGACGCUCGGGCACGGCAGAGGCCAAGGUUCGCUCGGCGCAGAUAGCACGCCAGCUCUUGCGCAUCAGCCAGCGACUGGAUCCACAGAGUUGGCAGUCCUCGUCCAAACCAAGCAACGGCAAGUACGGGGGUAACACGUCGUCUUCGGAAGACCUGAGUACUGGCGCCAAUACGCCGCGGAGGAAUACGCGUGAAAUUAUCGAGAAAUUCUCCGAGACCUUGGAGAAGGACUUGCUGAAACAAUUUGAUGACUUUUACCGCAAGGCCAAUUUCGACGGGAUGAAGGAUUGUGCUACGGUGCUGCAUGAUUUCAAUGGUGGCUCCAGUGUGAUUGCGCUGUUUGUGAAUCAGCACCAGUUCUUCAUCGACCGCAGCCAGCUAGUUACGGAAGAAGUCGGCGGUGAUGCCGAGUCGUGGGAGAAGAUGGCCGAUCCUGACGCGGAGUUGCCGGGCGUGGAGCCGAGCUUACAGUCCCUGUUGGAUGAAGUCAAGGUCGUGGUGCAGGAAGAGUCUGCGAUUAUUCGACGAGCCUUUCCAUACUACGAGCAAGUCCUGGGCAAGUUUUUACAGCGCGUGUUUCAACAAUCAAUUCAGCAGCGCCUAGAGAUGGUGCUGGACAAGGCCAGUGGAGUUUCCUCGUUGGCUUUUCUCCGGUGUCUGCAGAGCUCCCGAGGGUACAUCAGCGCUUUGAUUGAGGACCUCAAAGCUCACGGUCUCACCGAGCAUCCCGAGCCAAUCUCCUCUCAAACCGCCUUGCUGCUAGAUCACCAACUGGAGGAGCUGUUCGUGCCUUACUUUGUGGGAUCGUCCUAUAUUGAACGAGAGAAGCGUACCCUGGAGGAGCUCUUCCACGCCGUGCUGUUCAAAUUCACCUCUUACCAUGCACGUCGCAAGAAGGCCGCGACCACUUUCAUGGCCUCUCUUUCACGGCCCAGCACGACGGAGCUGCUCUCCGCCACACGUGACGCCUUCAUCAGCCGACUCGACUCGCCUGAGAUGCCCUCCACGCAGCGACGGAUGUUACUUCAAGUGGCGAACGUGAACGAUAUUCCGGAAACACAGCGACUGACCGAGAUCAAGAUCACCGACGAAGAGGGCCAACCGAAUCUCAACGACGCCAAGCGCAUGCUGAAAUGGCUCGCUGAGGCGGUGGGCCGCGGCCUGGAGCUGAGCGUCAAUGCCGAUACCCACAAGGACGUCUCGGCUCUCUUGACCUUUUUGCUGGCCAACAUGGGUGACGGAUAUGUCGAUGUUUGCCUCGACGCUGCCUUGGAAGCGGCCACGGCCCAAGAAUCCGGGAAGAAUGAGCCGGACUUGGGAUACCUGAUGUCUGUGCGGACGACGAUUAGUGUCACCACGUUGAUGGUGAUGUGCGUGAAUGCAGUCUUGCUGCCUCUGGCUACGUCGAGUAUCACCACCCGUCGGGAUAUGGAAAAGCGGAUCUCUCAGACCACGUCACGCAUUGAAGACAAAAUCAACACCAUCGAACAGAAGACGAUUGAUGCUACGCUGGCGUGGGUUAGUCGACUCCUGUCAGGUCAACGGAAGAAUGAUUUCCGGCCCCGAGAGAGUGAUAGUGCGGCAUGGCUGGAAAUGUUGCAAACACCGACAUGCUCUUCCAUCUGCACCUUCCUCACGCGAGUGCAUAAUAUCGCUCGCACCGCACUGCCCACCAGCGGGUCCAAUGUUCGCCAGGUUCUAACGGAAAUCGCCCUGGGCACCCGUGUGCUUCUCCUGGAACACUUUAAGCGAUUCGCCGUGAGCGGACCCGGUGGACUGAUGGUGACCAAGGAUAUGACGCAAUACGCCGACCUUCUCAAGUCCUGGGAUAUUGACGAGGACACCAAGGGACCCGGCGGCGCGCUGGACGUGCUACUGGAAGUCGGCAGUUUGUUUGUCAUUGGCGUCGAGGCCCUUCGAGAGCGGAUCCGCGGCGGUGCGGCCAGCGGGGGCACGGGUGCCUCGGCGGGACCUGGUCGAAGCGCGGGCGGCCAAAUGGAGGCGAAACUGAGUGUGCAGGAAGUGCGGGCGUAUGUUUCUCGGCGAGAGGAUUCGAAUACGGUGGCUAUGCAGCAAGUUCUGAAUGCAUUGUAG